AUGGCACCCUCUCUCGAAGAGCCCAUUGUCUUGAGCCCGGUACCCAUAGUGGUUCCCACCAAGGGAGUCGCGGGCGGCAACAAGUUCGGCUAUGUCCCUGGACGGACGCGCGUGGAAGAGCACACCAGCUACGAGCAUGAUGACCUUCUGCCGUCAUUCCCCAACAUUCACUGGGAGCCCCUAGAGGAAAUCUAUCACGAAGACCGAGGAAUUCAUGGGGAUCCAAAAUUCCGUAAUCUGCUCCAAGAUGCGUCCAACGUAUUUGACUACAACCCGAAGAUUGGAACAGAAAUACAUGGAGUCGACUUGGCCAAUCUGACCGACGCACAACGAGAUGACCUAGCCCGUCUAGUAGCAUACCGGGGUGUGGUCUUUUUCCGUGAUCAGAAAAAUUUGGACGUUGACGCGCAACGGAAUCUUGGGAAGCACUUUGGGCGGCUGCACAAGCAUGCUACCACUUCCGUUCCUCGCAAGGAAGGUUUAGAAGAUGUGCAUGUUGUGUACACAGCCGACAACUCCCCGGACAACCGCGCUUUAUUCAGUCCAAGCUUUUUGUGGCAUUCUGACGUUACCUAUGAAGUACAACCUCCAUCAUACACCAUGCUGAAGGUGCUCACAGGCCCUCCCGCUGGGGGCGGUGGAGACACCCUUUGGUCAUCACAAUAUGCCGCAUAUGAUGUGCUAUCCUCGCACAUGCAGACCUACCUCAAGGGCCUGACAGCCCUCCACUCGGCUGACAUGCAAGCCAACGACUCACGCGCCCUUGGUCGGCCCGUCCGACGAGACCCCGUCACCACCGAACACCCUCUUAUCCGAACAAACCCCGUCACAGGCUGGAACAGUCUAUUCUUCAAUCCCGGCUUCGUCACUACCAUCAUUGGUAUCCCCAAGGGCGAGAGUGAUGCUAUUAUUCGGUAUCUCACUGAUGUGGUUGCCACAACUCAAGAGGCACACGCUCGGUUCCAGUGGAACAAGGGUGACGUUGCUAUCUGGGACAACAGGACAACGAACCACACUGCUACAUACGGAUUCACACCUCACCGACGACAUGCUGUCCGCGUAGCAGCCCAGGCUGAACGACCAAUUCUAAAGGAAUCAGGCAAAUCCCAGGAGGAUGAGAUCAAUGCGCUAUAUGGCUUGCCAGCAGUCAACAAGGAUGGAUCACGACAGUCUAAUUACAAUGACUAG